GUCUUCUGGCUGUAUUACAACGGAGCAUCUGACUGAGUGCGCGUCCCCGUGUGCCAGGCGGAGAAAAGGCGCAUCCUCCUCCAUUUAGAUUUCGGUCACGCAGCUUUGCUCACAUUUGAGAUGAAGCAUGCGGGACCCGUGUGUUGUCUCUCUCUCUCGCAGCUCGCACCAGUUAUUUAAAGACAGAGAAAGAAAGAAAAACCGAAUGCACCUUCUUUAUCUGAUUAAGUAAUUCAGGAUUUAUUCUGGACAAUAACAAUCUGAGCGUGUUGUUGUGGAUAACCUGGAUUGUUUGCCUGCGACUGCACCUCCUCGACGUUUUUUCUCCCAUCCAGCUGUUAACAGCAUCUGCAGCAGCCUAUAUUACACACACACACACACACACACAAACACAGACAUCCAGGGUUUAUUCUAGGCAGGACUGGAUGCAGAGCCCGUUGACGGCUGCUGAUACAUUGCGAUGCUUCUCCUGCAGCAGCGGUGAUGUGAUGGCGUGAGGGGCAGUGAGCUGAAGCCCAGUGAGGAGGUGAGGGACGAUGCCCGGUGCAGCGGGCACAAGGCACCUGCGACCCCGGCCGUGAAUGCAGCGGAGAGCGACACCUUAGCGGGUGUCCCCACCUUCAGCCCUGGAUGCUGCGCCGCAGGAUGGGAUACGCCGACCCCUCGUCGGGUAAAGACAUACUCGGCAAUCGCUCCCUUUGUUUCAUAUUCAUUUGCGCCUUCGGCCUCGUCACGUUACUGCAGCAGAUUCUCUACGGGAAGAACUACGUCAAGAAACUAAACAUCAAUAAGGACUUGAAAACAGGAUGUGAACAUAAACUGGGGCCCCUCAUCUCUCUGGAAUUACUUUCUUUACUUGCGCAACAGUUUAGCCGACUCAAAGGGGACGAGACAGGAAAUUGGACCGGUCCCGUCAAUUUCUCGGAUGACGGACCGCUGAAGCCGGCCAGAAAUGGAAGGAAAAGAUGUUUCCGUCAGAAUAUUCAGCCAGAUUCAAAGAUCUCCGUAGUAGUCGUACCCUGCGUAGGCGGUAAUAAGAAGAAAAAAAAACGCUCUCACAGGUAUCUGGAUAACUAUGAUGGCCCCUUUGAUUACAACUCCACUGCAUGCAGGGAGCUCAGGCAGGAGAUUAUGGAUGUCAAAGUCCUGACAAUAGACAUGGUUAAACGGAAAAUUCAUGGCCAUGGGUAUCCUUCCUCAUUCCACAAGUCUCUCUGCCUGUCUGCCAGGGUGAAAACCUCAGACCUGUUUGAGAGGUGGCGGAACCUGCAGGUGUGUAAGUGGGAGCAGAACAAGGAGGAGGCCAGCAACUUCAAGAUGUCUCUGUCUCGCUGCUGUAAUGCUCCUUCCUUCCUGUUCACCACCAAGAGGAACACACCUGCAGGCACCAAGCUGAGGUACGAGGUGGACACCAGUGGUAUCCUCCCCAUCACCACAGAGGUCUUUAAGAUGUUCCCAGAUGAUAUGCCGUAUUCCAAAUCGCAGUACAAGAAAUGUGCUGUCAUUGGAAAUGGCGGCAUCAUCAAGAACAGCAAGUGUGGAAAGGAAAUCGAUUCAGCAGAUUUUGUAUUUAGGUGCAACAUCCCGCCCAUUAUUGAGAAGUACUCAGCGGAUGUUGGCACUAAAACAGAUCUGGUGACAAUAAAUCCGAGCAUUAUUACUGAGAGAUUUCAGAAGCUGGAGAAAUGGCGGCGUCCGUUUUACGAAGUCCUCCAGAACUACGAGAACUCCUCGGUGGUGCUUCCAGCCUUCUACAACACCCGCAACACAGACGUAUCUUUCAGGGUCAAAUACAUGCUGGACGACUUCGACUCGCAGCGAGGCGUGUUUUUCUUCCACCCGCAGUACCUGCUCAACGUGCAGCGCUUCUGGGCGGUGCAGGGCGUCCGGGCCAAGAGGCUCAGCAGCGGCCUGAUGCUCGUGACCGCCGCCUUGGAGAUGUGCGAGGAGGUUCACCUCUACGGCUUCUGGGCGUUCCCCAUGAACCCCUCCGGCAUCUUCAUCACCCACCAUUACUAUGACAACGUCAAGCCGCGCCCGGGCUUCCACGCCAUGCCUCACGAAAUCUUCAACUUCAUUCACAUGCAUACUCGCGGGAUCAUCCACGUGCACACGGGGCAGUGCACGUGAUCCCUCACUCCUCUGCUUUAAUGUUGAAAGCACCGUUGAUAUCUUUUUUAUUUUACAUGUCAUGUUUUAUGUCAGUGAAUGAGUCAGUUCACUAUUUCCUCCGUGUUUAAAAAGAGAGUCAACCACACAUUGAAGGUUGCUUGCUUCACCUACCGACAUACUUCUCUUUUAGAUGCAUACCUGAGGUCGUUUAUUUAGCCAAUCAAAUCACUCUGGCUCUCUUUGACUGUCGGACCAUAGGAUGCUUGUUUUUAAUGUGAAAAGUGGUCUUCUUAGUGAUGUUGUUUUGUGAAGUUUUCUAGUGGCUCUGCUGUACAGAGGUAUUGUUUUUCUACUCAACGUUGCACAGAAUAUUUAUGCUGAAAUGGGGCAGCCUGGGUGUCUUUGUGCUGCCUCAUUGCCCCCUCUCUUCUUCUUCUUCUAUUUCCUCUUCUCCUCUCUUUAUCUCGGACACUCUGUGGGUGUGGCAGCUUUUAAUGUUUGUGUAAAACAAAGCCUGAACCUUGAUAUCAAGCUAACAUUUAAAAGAAAAUAAUAAAAUUGUAACAUCCAACUGUCUCCUUUUUAGAUCUAUUUCCUAUUCACCAGAUUAAUUUGGUGAAUAUUUUAAAACAUUGUUAAAAUGGCCUGUUUUCUGUGGCCUCCCCUUUAAAAUUUCCGGUUUGAAAAAUGUGGCACAUGAGAAGAAGCAAUGUUUUUUCUUCCUUUUUCCUUUUGGCUUCGUCAUGAUUUUGGACAAAAGCCAGAUAAAUAUUUUGCAGCGACACCUAGUGCAGCGAAACGUUUGACUUCAUCCAAUUUGUAGAGCAACAGAGCACUGUUGAGUGACCCAGCCUCUCGCCGUCAUCCUUGUCUUAAGCCAUGCUGCCUUAGGAGAUAUUAAACCCUUCUCUUUGAUAUGCAGUGCACCCAUGCGUUUCGCUUGUCUUCAAAUGCAUCAACAUCCACCUAAAGCGUAGCUGGUCUCUUGAAUGAAAAAGACGUUUUAAGACUCUUUGAGGUGUAGACGCUCAUGUGCAACUUAUAUUCUAUUGGAAUUAGUGAAGUCUGAACACCGUUCAUAAUCAUGUAAUGCUCUGCAUGACUUUACUCUGUACUUGGCUUUGUGUGUGCCUGCUUCAAUGAUCACUAAAAUAUGUUUACACUUAAGCCUCUACUGAAUCUCACAGUCGUUGGAGAUAUGUACAUGAACUUUGUCACGGAAACACAAACGGUUUUGUUGAAGUGAAUUGUAUAAUAGUGGAUGCGGUUCCUACUGAUUAAAGAUGCAAGAAUGAAGACGGUUGUCGCCCUUUUGUGAAGCGGUACAACACUUUUAUGUAUACUGUGUUAAGUUAUUUCCCCUUUGAACUGUGGUCUAUUUGCACUCAAGAAGGCAUUGUGCAUUUAACUUGUGCACGUGAACGCAUCGUGGGUUUUCACUGUUUAUUUUGUUGUACACAUCACAAGUUUUUUAGAGACUGUGAAUCAAUUUUUUUUGUUCAUAUGUUCAUGCUUGGCUGAGCACUUGUCAAAUAUCAACCAUUUGUAUUUGAAAAUAUUGCUAACAAUAUUGAGACAUGUCGUUCCAUUUAUUUACAUUAACUCAAGUGAUACGAGUUUAGCAAAUAUCAACACCAAAAAUAUUUUGGAUUGACCACAAAUUGUUGUGCAGACACAAGUGAAUCAAGAUCAGUAAAAGAAAGGAACCCUGGUGUGUGUGCAGAAUGAAGGUAAUAUAUAUAACACAGUGCUUCUUAACUGACUCUGGAUAUUUCUUUAUACUGGUAUAGUGUUUGUAAAUAAACUUGUUUGGAUUUUC